GAGUUUGCUUAGGGCUGCGCACUUUUUCCCGUCAAGUAGGUUUUUUAUAGAUCACAACCUUGGCGUGAUCACAGCCCCGUUUUGUGCGUACGCAACGGUUAUCAAUGAGACCCCAGAUCACUGGGAGGAAAAUUGCUUUGUCCAGUGGUUAUUUUCAUGUUAAGAAUGCAGUUGUAUAGGAGGUCGACUCCGUGUUUACCAGCAGAGGGCGACACAGUGGGACAUGUGGAUUUGGGAGCACCAGAAGAAGAGGCAGCUAUUCGUCAACGCAACAACACUACCUCUAAGAAGUAAUUGUACAAUGAUAUACUGUCUGAAUAUAAACCUAGUAUACACAUAGUAUUACCAAGGGGAUGUCUGUAGAGUUUCCCUGUUUGUCGUUCCGCCAGCCGUAUGCUGGGCUAGUUCUAAACGGAGUGAAGACUGUGGAGACACGCUGGAGACCAGUGCUGUCGGAGCUUGAGUGCCAGUCAAUGGCGAUCCACAUCGCGCAGCGGGACUGGGAGGGUGGCGACUGGGCCACGGUGCUGACCACGCUUGGGUGGAGCGGUGCUCAGAUAGACGCGCUCCUGGAGUCAGGAGAGAGGUUCGGCCGAGGCGUGGUGGCAGGUCUGGUGGAAGUAGGCGUAACCUGGCAGUGCCCCGCUGUCCUGCAAGAGGAGGACCUGCAGGAGUGGGAAAAAGCAGCUCUUCUGUUUGGUCUAGAAGAAAAACACCUGACCCGCCUGUCAAACCCUCAUUGGUUGGUGGAGCCGCUUUUCUGCCAUGGCAACAAGGACAUCUGGACUGUACAGAUACCGACACACCUACUGCCUAGCACCUACCCAACUACCUAGCACUUAACCCUACCCAAAUGUUAAUACCCAACCCCAAAGGACAUCUCAAGGGGACCCACAUCUAUUGUAUGACAUGUUUAUGAUCAUUAUGUAUUAAAGUAUUUCAUCUAAUGUGAA